AUGAACACCAUGGUUUCUAAUACCAGCGUUCUUCAUCAAUCUUCUCACAGCCCUCUUAGUUUCUUGUCUUGCAUUUUUGCUCUUGGGAUUGUAGCUUUGUUGUUCCUACUAGGCCACACAAAAUUCACCACUAUCAGCCGUCUAUUUUGGAUCGGCAACUUAGCUCUCUGCACUGCAGGUUUAUUUCUCAUUGCCUUCAUGCAUCACAUUGUCGGAACCAUAUUUUCUUGGUUUCCAAACAGAAGCCAGAACGAUCACGAAAUUGGAGACGACCGAUCUCCCCAUCAUCAUGAUCAAGAUUCGUUGCAACAAGCACCUGCACAAGAUAUUGUAGCCCUGUUCCACAUGGUGUUGAUGGAAGUGCUAGAUAGGGUUUGGGAGGAUUUGGUGACGGAGGAAGGGCCAGAGCAACGUCCUCAGGCUGUGGCCCUCCAAGUUCAAGCCUUGGAGGCGCUCCCGCCGCCUUUGCAGUACUGCAAGGGAGGUCUUGACAUAACAUCGAGUUGCUGUGGGGAUCGGUGUACUAUUUGCUUGGAUGAUUUCAUGGAUGGCGAGUCUUGCCGUGUUUUCGCAUGCAACCACAUGUUUCAUUCAAAUUGCAUUGAUCCUUGGUUAAAGAACCACCUAACUUGCCCAAUUUGUCGAAACUCUGUUGUACAUGUCUGA